AUGAAAUUCUAUCUCGCCGUCGCCAUCUGUGUUGCCAUGGGCACUAGUGCCAUUGCUACGGAAAGUACGAAUGACUCGAGGGCACGGCUACAGCCCAGGGAUACAGCCACUCCGCCCAAACAGGGGCAGAAGACCCACGCACCGCCCAAAAACCGAUCCCGCGUGAUCGACACGGCGCAGAAUAGCGCAGGGAUGCAGGCCGGACGGGCUGUGGACUGA